UAUCAACAACGUUACUGCAGCAAUGCUUCACUGGUCUUCUCUACGUUUUAAAAUGCAUCAAUUUAUUCUGCAAGACUAGAGGAUAUAAUAUCUAUAGCUAAAUGGAGAUUACUCGUGCCAGACCAUCGCUGUUUGGAGAUAUAGCUCAUGGCCUGGGGUUCUGGACAGACCGUUCUGAGGUACACGAGGCAGCAGCCCAGGGAAAGGCUCUUCAGCUACAGAAGCUGAUCCAGGGAGGGGCAGCAGUUAACAUAGUGGCUGUGGACUCCAUAACCCCCCUCCACGAGGCCUGCAUACAGGGACAAACACAGUGUGUCCGGUUGCUGCUGGACGCUGGUGCUCACGUGGAUGCGCGAAACAUUGACGGCAGUACUGCUCUGUGUGAUGCCUGCGCUGCGGGCAGCCUGGAGUGUGUGAAACUACUCAUACAACAUGGGGCUACGGUCAACCCUCCGCUGUUCACCUUCUCACCCCUCCACGAGGCCUGCAUGGGGGGUAACUCUGACUGCGUUCAGCUCAUGAUAGACGUGGGAGCUCUGAUGGAGGCCCAUGACUGCCACUUCGGGACACCGUUACAUGUAGCGUGUGCCAGACAACACUUUGACUGCGCCAAGGUCCUCCUCAAUGCAGGGGCGAACGUGAACGCUGCCAAGCUCCACGAGACGGCGCUCCAUCACGCAGCCAAAGUAAAGAACGUGGAUCUGAUCGAGCUGCUGAUUGAGUUCGGUGGGAACAUAUAUGCCAGGGACAACCUGGGCAAAAAGCCCAUCAACUACACAAGUCAAGGUUCUCCCACCAAUAUCUGCCUAGAGUUCUAUGAAAAUACUCCCCUCAGUCUACAACAGAUCAGCAGAAUAGCUCUGAGAACAGCACUGGGCAGAAGAGCCCUGGACGACGUGUCCAAACUGGGCUUGCCCAAUCGCAUCACCUGCUACCUCUCAUAUCAGCCACCACCAGAUAUGGACUUGGACUUUGACUACUUCUAACAAGCCCCAUCCUACUUCUAACAAGCCCCAUCCUACUUCUAACAAGCCCCAUCCUACUUCUAACAAGACCCAUCCUACUUCUAACAAGCCCCAUCCUACUUCUAACAAGCCCCAUCCUACUUCUAACAAGCCCCAUCCUACUUCUAACAAGCCCCAUCCUACUUCUAACAAGCCCCAUCCUACUUCUAACAAGCCCCAUCCUUUUUACGAGUCUGUUUUGUCUUGUGCCGAAUGAUUCCACCACAUAGGAAUAAGCCUGGUCCCAGGUCUGUUUGCGCGUUCUUGCCAACUCCUAUUGUCAUUGUCAGGCUAAAAACACAUUGACAACGACUAUAGGAGUUGUUUAUACAAUUACAAACAGAUCUGGGACCAGGCUAGAAGCAAGAGAGCCCAAACUCAUUUGUCUGAGUUAAGGUUUCAGUUAAACUACAAUGAAAAGUAGGGAUAUGUAUGUAAGCUUACUGAUGUGACAGGUGUCAGCCAGCUAUUCUUGAAAGACUGAGGGCGAUACUCAAAUCUGUAUCGCCUAAGGGUUAUAUUUCUAUCCAUCUGUAAAGGUCAUUUCUGAUUGAGCCGAGAUAUGCAGUGUUCACCUUAAAUGCAGUCUCUACGAUACGGAUUGAAUCUAGGCCUAAGCGUUCCCACUAAGCAUAGUCUUGUGCUUGUACCCAGAUCUAUUUGUCCUGCUUUAUGUUUGGGAUGUUGUGCCUUGCCAACUGCAAGACGGCACAAACAGAUCUGGGACCAGGCUAGUCUGUCCAACCUUUCUGAAUUCUUAAAUCUUUUAGCUAAGCUUUUAGGAUUGUGUAAUUAUGUGUAAAUAUCAAACGUAUGUUUAUUUUGAAUAAUGUGUAUAUAAACUAUGUAAAUAAUACAAAUUAUUUGAUUUAUGUAAAUUCCAUGAAUACUGUAUAUGUCUAUUUUGAGUUUAUAAGUGUUGCAUUUUGUCUUCUUCUGUUUGGUUGGAGUGUUAGAAAUGAGGGUGUUGUCGCAGGGGUCAAGUGCACACCCCUUGAAAUGAAUUUGUUAUCAUAUUAAUUGAUUGUAUUGUUCUUAAUACUUUUUACUCUUCCAUUGUUGCUUUACUGAAAAUAAAUGAUGCACAGUACCAGUCAAAA